AAAGCCAUCAGAUGUUUAACCCAUCGCAGUCCUCCACUUACAAAAGCACAGGGCAGAACUUGUCUAUUCAAUAUGGCACCGGCAACAUGGAGGGCACCGUGGGCUCCGUCACCGUCAUGAGUGUCGCGAUGGCAUUUCCAGUUGCAUCUCUGGUGGACACCAACCAGCUCUUCGGCUUGAGCACCACCGAGCGCGGCCAAUUCUUUGUCAGUGUCAAAUUUGAUGGGAUCCUGGGCUUGGGCUACCCAAAUCUGGCUGCUGAUGGGAUCACACCAGUGUUUGAUAACUCAUUGAAUGAGAACUUGCUGGAGGAGAACCUGGCGACAGGGGACCCUUCCUAA